ACUUCAUCGCAGCAGCAGUAACCGGUACAACAGGAGCGGCAGCAGCGGCGGCGGCGGCGGUGGAGGAGGCUGUGGAGGGCGUGAAACAUGGCUCACUACGGAGAUAAAUAACGGGACCGAGGGGGAGGGAGGAGAGGAUAUUAAUUAAAACCAAAGAAGAGGAAGAGGAAGCGCAUAUUUCAAGAGACGAAGAAAGUCAGUGACACACGUUUCAGUGUUGAUGUUGGUGUUUGGCCACGAAUACCUGCCGAAAAUAGUCCCGACAUCCUUUAUUGAAGCUCCUCUGUCCUGUGUGACCCCCCUGACACAGAGAGGAUGGUGAUGGAGGAGGGGGGCCAAAGAGACAGAGGGAGGGGGGCUCCGACGAUGGCAGGAGCAGAGGGGAGGCAGAUCUUCGUGGAGCUUGCGGAGCAGAACUUCCAUGCCAUUUGUCUUUCUACAUAUCGAACAGCCUGUAAGCUCAGAUUCAUACAGAAGAGAUGCAACUUGCAUCUGAUCGACAUAUACAACGUGAUCGAGGCGGUGCGGGACGCCGGGCUGAACGCCGUCGAGCUGAACGCCGGCAUCUCCGUGAUCAGGCUGGAAAACCUGGUGUCCUCCCUGUUCAACCAGCUCAGCAAGCGCCUGCCCACCACGCACACCAUCAACCCGCAAGAGAGCACCGUCCUGUUAGUUGAAUUCAUACUGGCUGCCGUCGACAGUGAACCAGACAGCAGACUGACAGUGCUGUCUGUGAAGUCGAUGCUGGCCAUGCUGUGUGGAGGGAAGCUGGUAGAUAAACUCCGCUAUGUGUUUUCUCAGGUAUCUGACUCCAGCGGUGUGUUGGUACAGUCCAAGUUCGACAGCUUCCUGAGGGAGGCUCUCAAGCUGCCCACCGCUGUACAUGAAGGACCGUCCUUUGGCUACACACACACAUUAGCGCGCUCAUGCUUCCCACAACAGAAGAGGGUGAUGCUCAACAUGUUCCUGGACAUCGUAUCAGACCCUCCUCAGUGUCUCGUCUGGCUGCCUCUUAUACACCGCAUGGCCAACGUGGAGCAUGUCUAUCAUCCCGUGUCGUGCUCCUACUGUCGCGGCAACGGCAUGACGGGCUUCCGCUACCGCUGCCUCCGUUGCCGUGGUUACCAGCUCUGCCAGAACUGCUUCUGGCGCGGCAACGUCAGCGGCUCACACAGCAGCCAGCAUCAGAUGAAGGAGCACUCGUCCUGGAAGUCGCCGGCGACGAAGCUCGGCCGAGCCCUGAGCAGGACUCUGGGCUGCGUGUCGUCCAGAGAGCCCCCGCACCCAAUCUACCCGGAGGAGCCUGAGAGGACGCUGAACCUCGCCAACAUAGUCCCCUCUCGACCUCUCGGGAACACCAGCGAGGCCAUGUUGCUUUCCUCGCCGGCACCCGAGUCCUCCAAGAGUUUGGCAGCGGCUCAGCGCAUGAACGAGGAACACGCUCUGAUCGCCGCGUAUGUGAAUCGCCUCCAGAGCAGCCCGCGCGUGGACAGUCCCAGCAGACAAGACGAGGAGCAUAAACUGAUCGCCCGCUACACCUCCCGACUGGCAGAGACUGACGGUGCAGGAGUGAUACCAAACCGGAGCAUCAACUUUGAUGUGAACAAACAGAAGAGGGAGCUCAUUGCUCAGCUGGAGUGCAAGAACAGAGAGAUCUUGGCAGAGAUCAAACGUCUCCGCACCGAGCAUGACGCAGCCUGCCAGCCCAGCCCGGAGAAAGCCAGCACCAACCCGACUCUGCUGGCUGAGCUUCGCCUGCUCAGACAGAGGAAAGAUGAGCUGGAGCAGAGGAUGUCGUCCCUGCAGGAGAGCAGGAGGGAGCUGAUGGUGCAGCUGGAGGGACUGAUGAAGCUGCUCAAGGAUGAGGAGCAACGACAGGCAGCGCAGGCAGCUGGCUCUUCUCACGCCUCUCCUUCUCGACCGAGUCCGUCAACCGCCCGCUCAGUCGGUGCCGUGUCUCCACAGGCUCACAUGUACCCUCCUCAGGACUCCCUGGCAGGGGUGGGCGGUGACGUACAAGAGGCCUUCGCUCAAGGCCCGAGAAGGAACCUGAGGAACGACCUUCUGGUGGCGGCUGACUCCAUCACCAACACCGUAUCCUCGCUGGUCAAAGAGCUCCACUCUGAUGAUGGUCGGGAGGAAGAGGAAAGAUUGCUGAACGGGAAGGACAGAGCAGGUUAAAAUGUUUGGAGGAGAAACAAGAGCAGCAGAGUGAGGUUUCAUCACGGCCAAAGAAGACCGACCCCGCAGGGAUUCAAGUGUAUCUUCUUAUAUUCAUCGUUAGCCAAUGGGGGAUUAGAGCUCCACCGUCAAUCAACCAAUCACGAUGCUGGACACCAAAUGACCCCCCACCCCCACCCCCCACCCCUUACCCUUCUUCACGGGGGUCCCUACUGAUGUAUAGCUGUGAUUCUACAUGUGUGUGUGUGUGUGUGUGUGUGUGUGUGUGUCUUGUCACUGUGGUUUUACUUUCGUUUUUGAUUUGAUCGUGCGUAGCUAAUCAACGAGGAAUCUGAAACCUACUGAUCUGUACUGUAGCAUGUGUGUGCGCGCUCUGCUGUUUUUAGAGUUUGCCAGAGGGUCGAGUAAGUGUGAGAGACGCCGCGAGGAAGAGACGGGAAGGUUUUUGUGUUUAGGAAAUUUGUGAAGGAUUUAGAAAAAGAAAAGAGAAGUAGGAAAGUUUCAGGAUGUAACCAUAUGUGAGGAAAAUACAAAGAAAGUAAAAAAAAGACGAGGAGUGAGUUUAAAGUUUCGGGCACUGUGUGCUUAGUAUUUAUUGCUUUGAUUUAGAUUUUUUUUUUGCCAUUUAUUCAAUCGGUUUUGAGUGUUUCUGUGCACGCGAGUGUUAGUCAGGCCCUGCUGAGACGAUAAGCUUUAAUGGGACGUUUCCUCCUGCAUCGAGUCCGGCCAGGCCCCCACCACCCUCCGCCCUCCUUAUCUGGCCGAGGUGAUGCAGAGUGGCGAGUUGAAGUCUUGGUCCUGGUCCAGGUGUCUGAAAACCUGGAUGAGAUUAGUGCCAUGGGUGCUGGUAUGAUAGCAGCUCAGGUUGUCCAGGCCUCUCCUCUGUGGAUUCCCAGUACUGCAGAGGGGACUACAGUAGAGGAGAUAUCUGAUUACUCUGUGUGUGUGUGUGUGUGUGUGUGUGUGUGUGUGUGUGCGCUUCAACAGGGUCAAUGUGGCAAGAAGAGUAGGGAAGUGAGUGGAGAAAUGGCCUUCAUAAAUUCAAUUUAAAGGGUCAGUUCACACAAAAUGACACUUUACCUCUGGUGCAGCACAAUAACUCAUGAGAUAAUUGAAGUAAUUAAGAAAAAAAAAAGGAAAUUAUGUUGAUUUUUUUUUCAUUU